AUGGAGCACGCGCUACAGCAUCGUGAACGUGUCGGGGUGCAAGACUUCGUGCUACUCGAGGACUUCCUCUCUGAAGCUGCCUUCAUAGACAAUCUUCGGAAACGGUUUAACGAGAAUAUUAUCUAUACCUAUAUUGGGAAUGUCCUAAUAUCUGUGAACCCGUACAAAAAUCUCCCAAUCUACACAGAGGAGAAAACGAAACUAUACUACAAGAAAGCAUUUUUCGAGGCGCCACCGCACGUAUUCGCCAUAGCAGACAACGCCUACCGGUCUCUAGUCUAUGAACACAGAGAACAAUGCAUACUGAUCUCAGGUGAAUCUGGUUCAGGCAAAACAGAGGCCUCAAAGAAAGUUCUAGAGUACAUAGCAGCACGAACCAACCACCUUCACAAUGUGGAGACUGUCAAAGACAAGCUGCUUCAGAGUAAUCCCCUCCUCGAAGCUUUUGGUAAUGCGAAAACGCACAGGAACGACAAUUCCAGCAGAUUUGGCAAAUACAUGGAUAUACAAUUCAACUAUGAAGGCGCUCCCGAAGGUGGUCACAUAUUGAACUAUCUCCUGGAGAAGUCCAGGGUUGUCAGUCAGAUGUCUGGAGAGAGGAAUUUCCACAUUUUCUACCAGCUAUUGGCUGGUGCUGAUCAAGCGCUGCUCCAGCAUUUGAAGCUGCAAGGAAGGCCGGAGAUGUACAAAUAUACUACCGAAAAUACCUCAGCUAGUCAAAAGCUAAACGAUGCUGAACAAUUUCGUUCAGUAUUAGAAGCCAUGAAGGUGAUAGAAAUCUCAGAGGCCGAACAGAAAGAGAUAUUCGAGAUCGUGGCGAGUGUACUUCAUCUUGGUAAUGUGAAGUUCGUCCAGAAUGAAAAAGGAUAUGCUGAGAUUCUUCAUCAUGACAAUAAUAGUGCUAAUGUUGCUGAUCUCCUCAAAGUGAAUCCUCAAAAACUUCGCGAGGCCCUAACAAGUAGAACGAUUGACGCAAGAGGUGAUGUCGUAAACACUCCUCUGGAUCUCGAACAAGCACAAUAUGCAAGGGACGCCUUAGCCAAAGCGAUAUAUGAGAAGCACUUCAGUUGGCUGGUCUCCAGACUCAAUUCGUCACUCGCACCGAGGGAGAGGGACCCUAGGGCCUCCGUAAUGGGAAUAUUGGACAUCUACGGCUUUGAGAUUUUCCCGAAAAAUAGCUUCGAGCAGUUCUGCAUUAACUUCUGCAACGAGAAGCUGCAGCAGCUGUUCAUCGAGCUCACCCUCAAGCAGGAGCAGGAGGAGUACCUCCGUGAGGGCAUCGAGUGGGAGCCAGUCGAGUACUUCAACAACAUCGUCAUUUGCGAUCUUAUUGAAGCACGCCAUAGAGGUAUUAUAUCAAUAUUGGACGACGAAUGCCUUCGUCCUGGUGACGCGACAGAUCUAAGUUUCUUAGAGAAGUUGACUCAGAAGUUGGACGGUCACGCGCACUUCAAGUCCCAUCGGAAAGUUGAUGUUAGGACACAGAAACUCAUGGGACGUGAUGAGUUCUGCUUGGUCCACUACGCGGGUGAAGUGACAUAUAAUGUGAAGACGUUUAUUGAGAAAAACAACGACUUAUUGUUCCGUGACAUGCAGAAUCUGAUGUCUGCUUCUGGUAACAGUACGGUUGGCUGCUGUUUUAAGGACCUCAACCUGCGAAGCAAGAAGAGACCAGAAACCGCCAUAACGCAGUUUAAGAUCUCUCUCAACGAAUUAAUCAAAAUCUUAAGCAGCAAAGAGCCUUCAUACAUCCGUUGUAUAAAACCUAAUGACUUCAAAACGCCUAUGCAAUUCGAUGAAAAGCUGGUAUCUCACCAAGUGAAAUACCUCGGUCUGAUGGAGAAUCUUCGAGUACGAAGAGCAGGCUUCGCGUAUAGACGCACAUACGAAGCUUUCCUAGAAAGGUACAAGUGCUUGAGUGAAGAUACAUGGCCCAACUACCGCGGACCAGCUCGCGAGGGAGUUCAAAAACUCGUUAUAGCCCUCCAAUACGAGAAAGAAGAGUAUAGAAUGGGAAAUACGAAAAUAUUCAUCCGAUUCCCCAAAACGCUAUUCGAGACGGAAGAUGCUUUCCAAAUUAAGAAGAACGACAUAGCGACCAUCAUCCAAAGCCGAUGGAAAGGCUAUCGGCAGAGGAAGCAAUACCUCAAGAUGAGGCAAUCUGCUAUUGUCAUACAGAAGUGGGUGAGACGGUUCCUAGCUCAGAAGCUGAGGGAGAGGAGACGAAAGGCUGCUGACGUCAUUAGAGCGUUUAUUAGAGGUUUUAUAACGCGAAAUGGACCUGAAACUGUUGAGAACCGCCGUUUCCUGGCCAUCGCCAAAGUGCAUUGGCUGAAGCGUCUCUCAACGAGACUGCCAACUCAAGUGCUAGAUCUCUCUUGGCCUCAUUGUCCUGCCACUUGCCAGGAAGCCUCCAGGGAAUUGCACAGACUGCACAGAGCCCAUUUGGCCAGGAAAUACCGUCUGGCGUUGACACCGUCUGAGAAGAAACAGUUCGAAUUGAAGGUGUUGGCUGAAAAGAUGUUUAAAGAUAAAAAGCACAGUUACUCCAGCAGUAUCCCCGAGCGGUUCGUUGAAGAUCGUCUUACGGACGAGCAUCGGGUCUUGAGAAAUACAUUCAUGGCGUCACCGUCUUGGCCCACUGGGGAACAACUUAUUUACUCUUGUGAAGCAGUGAAAUACGACCGGCGUGGGUACAAACCCCGCGAGCGAGCUUUACUGGCGUCCGACAAGGCGCUUUAUGUUUUGGAUGCAGCUGGUCGGAAGAUGUACAAAUUGAAGCACAGAUUACCCCUUGACAAGUUGAGAGUCAUUGUUACCAACGAAACUGAUAGCUUGGUGUUGAUUAAGAUACCGCAGGAGCUGAAGAAAGAUAAGGGUGAUCUAAUAAUGUCAGUAUCGCACGUGAUAGAGGCGUUGACAAUCGUCACGGAUUAUACCAAAAAACCGGAAAUCAUAGAAAUUGUCGACACUAGGACCAUUGCCCAUGACCUGGUGAAUGGCAAACAAGGCGGAACUAUUGAAGUGACCCACGGCCCACAACCCGCUAUACAAAGGGCUAAAAGCGGUAAUUUGUUGGUUGUGGCUGCAACUCCAUAA